UGUCAGACGUCACCAAAGAUUUCACGAGUUAUUGUGCAAGAUUUCCUGCUAUUAUUACAGUACAAUUUAGUUACACAAACUUCUUCAUUGAAAUCAAAAGAAAAGUCAUAAAAUGCCGGUGCCUGGAGGUAUCUACCAAAGUCAAGGCCCAUCAUGUUUUGAUAAAAUGAAAAUGGGUUUUAUGAUAGGUUUUUGUGUUGGAAUGGCAAGCGGCGGUAUAUUUGGAGGAUUUACGGCAUUAAGAUAUGGCGCAAGAGGCAGAGAAUUAGUUCAUUCUGUUGGAAAAGUAAUGCUCCAAGGUGGAGGUACUUUCGGUACAUUUAUGGCCAUAGGAACGGGAAUUCGCUGUUGAUAUAGAGCCCUGAUAUCAACUUGUACAUAAUUAAUUAUAUAAUUGUAAUGAUGUAGUGGCAUUCUGUCUACAAUUUUUAAAUAAAGUUUGUUUGUAAGGUAACAA